UGCGCAAUUACGUCGCCGCGCUGCCGCUGCUGUGCUGCAGGGCAGACAGGCAAAGCAGCUGCGGAGACAGCGGGGAGUGCUGACAACAGCGCACAGGCUCGUGCUGGGAAACUCAGAAACGCAACAUUUUCCUAAUUUGCGGCUUUAAUGUGCGGCUUUCUUCGCGCCUGAAACGUUCACUCUUUGUUUCGGUGCAUGCGUGGGAUUAUUUUCCUCAUUCCGUCGGCCUGAAAUGACUGCUGGUCCCCGCGUCUAGCCAAUGGUUACCGCUGGGGGUCCUGUCCUGUGGAUUAUCCGUCGUCGCCGAGCCAGUCGCAUGGUCGAGCCCGGAGGAGGCCCCUCUCUGCUGGAUGGAUGUGCGUGAAUCAGCGCGGAACUCUGAGCCACUGAUGAGCGCUGUGAUAAAGAUGUCGCCUGGAUUUUAUCGGCAGCGGCUGGACUGAUCUUGGAUGUUCGGGCUCUGUCGCCCCCCCACCCCCCCUGUAUACACAGACCAUUUCCUCACAUAACAAAAAUUGUAUUCCUUAAAAACUGGACGCCCCUGGAGCAGUUUAUGACGACCCUGGUAGGAGCGUGAUGAGCGCGCGCUUCCGCUUGCCUGCUGGCAGAUCCUACAAUGUCCGGGCGACUGAGCUGGAGCGAGACAGGCAGCACACACAGGUUGUGUGCAACGUACUGCUGCUGGACAACACAGUCCAGGCCUUCAAAGUCAAUAAGUCGGAUAAUGGCCAGGUGCUGCUGGAUGCUGUCUUCAAGCACCUGGAGCUGACCGAGAGGGACUAUUUUGGCCUGCACCUGACUGACGACUCAUCAGAUGCACCACGCUGGCUGGAUCCCAAUAAGCCCGUCAGGAAACAGUUAAAAAGAGGGUCUCCCCAUAACUUAAGCUUCAGAGUCAAAUUCUUUGUCACAGACCCCAAUAAACUUCAGGAAGAAUACACACGGUACCAGUAUUUUCUGCAGAUCAAACAGGAUAUAUUAACUGGAAGAUUGCCCUGUCCUCACAACACAGCCGCGCUGCUGGCUUCCUACGCCGUGCAAUCUGAGUUGGGGGACUACAGUGAAGCAGAGCAUAGUCCGGGCUAUCUGUCUGAGUACUCCUUUAUCCCAAACCCCCCUCAAGACUUUCACAAAGAGGUCGCCAAACAUCACCAGCAGCACAGCGGUCUAUCUCCGGCCGAGUCAGAGUUUAAUUAUCUGAACACAGCACGCACGCUGGAGCUCUAUGGGGUAGAGCUGCACUAUGCAAGGGACCAGAGUAACACAGAGAUUCUCCUCGGGGUGAUGUCUGCUGGAAUUGUGAUUUACAAGAACAGGGUACGGAUCAACUAUUUCCCAUGGUUGAAAAUAGUGAAAAUCUCCUUCAAGUGCAAACAGUUCUUCAUCCAGCUGAGAAGAGAGGCAACCGAGUCUCGUGAGACGCUGCUCGGCUUCAACAUGGUCAACUACCGGGCCUGUAAGAACCUGUGGAAAGCCUGCGUGGAGCACCACACCUUCUUCAGGCUGGAGCGGCCCAUCCCGCCGCAGAAGAACUUCUUCGCCUACUACUUCACCCUGGGCUCCAAGUUCAGAUACUGCGGGCGGACGGAGGUGCAGUCUGUGCAGUACGGGAAGGAGAAAGGCAUCAAGGACAGAGUGUUUGCCAGGUCACCCAGCAAGCCGCUGGCCAGGAAGUUGGUGAGUGGAACCGACUGGGAGUCGGUCAGCAGGAACAGCCUAUCGGACGAGAGAUUGGAGACCCAGAGCCUGCCCACUCGCUCCCCGCCCGGCACGCCCAAUCAGAACUCGCUGUUUGUCCAAGAAGGCACGCGACUACGGCCGUCGUCGGUCGGCCACCUGGUGGAUCACGUGAUCCACGCUUCACCCAGCCUGCCCGUCUUCUCCUCCAAUCACAAGUCGGCGUCGUCCACGCAGGCUAACAGCAUCAGCCUGGACUCCACACCGUCUCCAGAUGGGGUGGAUGGCCAGCCUCCAGCUCUCCCGCCCAAGCAGCUGAGCAGGAAGACCCUGAGCCAGAUCAUCCAGGCCCACUCCCAGCAAAGCCUGCUGGACAAUCACCUCAAUGAGAUGUAUGACGUUCCCGUCAAUGCCGACAAGACCACGCUGAACGGAGUAGUCCCUCACGAUAACUUGGUCCUGAUCAAGAUGAGACCGGAUGAACACGGACGCUUCGGCUUCAAUGUCAAGGGUGGAGCUGACCAGAAAAUGCCCAUCAUUGUGUCUAGAGUGGCUCCGGGAACCUCAGCUGACCUCUGUGUGCCUCGCCUUAACGAGGGCGACCAGGUAGUCCUGAUUAAUGGGCGGGACAUCUCUGACCACACCCAUGACCAGGUAGUCAUGUUCAUCAAGGCCAGCUGUGAGAACCACUCCGGGGAGCUCAUCCUAUUGGUCAGACCUAAUGCCAUCUAUGACGUGGUGGAGGAGAAGGUGGAUCCAGAGCCAGAUUUUCAGUACAUCCCUGAGAAAUCCCCUCAGGACCCGGCCCAGCUAGACCAGCAUGCUUUGAGAGACUCUAUGGUCGCACUGAAGGAAGGCCUGGGCGGCGGAGCCAUACUGGCACAGUUUGAUCAACUGUACAGGAAGAGGCCGGGGAUGACGAUGCUGUGUGCCAAAUUACCUCAGAACGUUUCCAAAAAUCGCUACAGAGACAUCUCUCCCUAUGAUGCCACCCGCGUCAUUCUGAAAAGCACAGAUGAUUACAUCAAUGCAAAUUACAUCAAUAUGGAGAUUCCUGCGUCCAGCCUGAUAAACCGCUACAUCGCGUGCCAGGGCCCGCUGCCCAACACCUGCCCCGACUUCUGGCAGAUGACGUGGGAGCAGGGCUCAUCCAUGGUGGUCAUGCUGACCACCCAGGUCGAGAGAGGGCGGGUGAAGUGUCACCAGUACUGGCCCAACCCCGACAACAGCGCCACAUACGGAGACUUUAAAAUCACGUGCCACAAUGAAGAGGGCAACUCUGCCUUCCUGGUCCGGGAGAUGACCCUCACACACACACCGAGCGAGCAAAAGAGGGAAAUCACUCAGAUUCAGUACGUGGCUUGGCCCGACCACGGCGUUCCCGACGACUCCACUGAUUUCCUGGACUUUGUGGCUCUCGUACGGACCAAACGGGCUGGACAGGACCAGCCAAUGGUGGUGCACUGCAGCGCUGGGAUUGGUCGGACGGGCGUUCUGAUCACCAUGGAGACGGCGCUGUGUCUGAUGGAGUGCGGUCAGCCGGUGUAUCCUCUAGAAAUUGUCAAGACCAUGAGAGAUCAGCGGGCCAUGAUGAUACAGACGCCUAGCCAGUACCGCUUCGUGUGCGAGGCCAUCCUCAAGGUCUACGAGGAAGACCUGUUCAAGCCGCUGAAGACGGCCCUCUACCAGCAGAGAGAGAAGGCGGCCGACGAGAAGGAGGAGGAGCGCAAAGAGCAGCAGAAAGCGGGAGAGGAGCGAGACGAGGCGGCGACGGCAGAGAAAGGGGAGGCGGCCAAGGUGGAGAUGCUGGAAGAAGAGCUGGACGGAGAGGAUGACGACGAAGUCGAGGUGCUGGAUGUGGGAGAAGUGACAGAAGAGGGGGAGGAAGAAGAGGAGGAGGAGGAAGUGGAGGAGCCGAGCGUCGCCAGUGCCACCAGCGCGACGAGCGAGACCAGCGCGAACCCCGAUCCCGCUAACCCGUGACGUGGGUGGGCGGGGCUCACCGGGAGGAGGCCGGACGAGAGAACAAAAGCACUGUUGCACUUUAAGCUGACAAAAAAUGAAACGAACAGACAAACUGACAUGAAAACCUUUGGACGUGAUGAGUUAAAAAACCCAGCUGUGUCGAACAGGUACCUUUAGGGGGAGUUGAUGUUCAGGGUAACGAAAAGAAGAAUCAAAGAAUGAACGAGAUGAUAAAACGUGGAUGGGGAGUUGCUGUAGUGCCAUAAGUACGAAGGGGAAGGGCGGCCACUGUGGAUGGAAAGCCUCCCCUCUCUCUCUUAUUAUUUUAGUUUUUUUAAGUCCCAAAGGGUUGCCCUGUCCCCUUCGGAGUGAGUCUGCCAGACGGACCUGCCUUUUUUUUUUUUUAGUGUCCUUUUAGCAGAUAAAGAGAAAAACCUUAUCUUUUGUUCCUCAGAGUAUUUAUUGUGUUUUAGUUUGUGUCAAACCCUGUCCACUGAACAAAAAAACGCUGUAUGUUUUGUUUGUACAAGUCUAGAGCUUCAUGCUUUCCUGAUUAAAUCUUAGGUAGUAAAGUAGUGUGAUUCCUCUUCUUCGAACUACUUCUUUAUUUCUUUUGAUUUUUGUGGUUUGGGGGGGGGCAAAAACAACAACAGUGAUUUAAUUUAUUGUACUUGCUUUGAUCUUUCUCGUCUCGCCUCUCGUUCGGCGCUGGGGAGAGUUUGGUACUCGAUCCUUCUGUGAGCGGCGUGUUUGAGCCCACAGACGCACACGUGGACGUCGUUUGGCGGGGGUUUUGAUCCUCGUCACCACAGCUCCCGUCCGCUUUCGCUCACUUUCACGCUCCUGCAUCGAUUCGCUUCUCACUAAAAACCCCGGUGUCCUCGAGCCGGACAGCGUCCCUCCGACCAGAGGGGCGCACCGUGGAUUAGGAUUAAUGUGGAGCCUGAAGUCUUCAUCGUGACAAAGAUGGUUUCUUUUAACCGAGCUGGAUCCCGCCGGGCGGUACCUUCUGCUGAACCCGGUCCGAGCAGGUCAUGUCAGUGUUUUGGCUUCAAAUCAUCAGGAAGCGCCACAUUUUCCUCACUGUCUACCUGAAAACGCCAUUCAUGUUUUAUAUAUGCAACCUGUAGAGCCCAGUUACAGAUGUGAAGCUACAGCAACAUAAACUCUGCUGCAAUGAAUUUGAAUGUGUUCAUUUGGUGAUUAAGGUUUUUUUAAAUUACACUGCGGGAAGUGAAGACGAUUAGAAAAUUCUUCAGGAAUGUUCGAUUGGCCACGAAACGAAAGUGAUUGCCACGUCUCCUGCAGUAUCCUCUCAUGUUUCACACCUCUAAUCUCUGGCCACAUCAAAUUCUAAAUCAAAUAUAGUCAUUUGAGUUAAUUGGUCCAUUUCAUUUUGCAAAAGAAGAGUCAGACUUUAUGUCUGUAUGCUUUAUGUGCGCCUGAAGCAGAGAUCCUGGAGAAAGAAAGCCUGGAUAUGUUGACCUUGCUUCCUCAGGCUGGAAAUACUGGUCUUCUUUAUGCAACUCAGAUAGUUCUUGCUUUCUUUGCACAGGUCUUUAAUGUUUAAAGGAACAGGUAGAGGGUCAGACAUCUGUGGGUGAAAGCUGCUACAAGUUUUGUGCAAUCAGUAUUGUUUUUUUUCACCCCCCACAGCGUUUGCACAAUAGUAGCAAACUUUAAUCGCUCCCUCCAUCGAUCUCCCCGCGUUUAGUCUUUUUGUUUUUUCAGCCCAGACCGGAGCAAACCCGGGUACAUGCUGACAGUCCAGGUGGAAGUGUGGUUACUCUGAGCAGUCACCCGAUUCAGCGUUAACCUGAGAAAAACUCGCUGUGAGAGGUCUGACAGCAGCCUGUGCGUGAGAGUUGUUUACAGAAGCAGCACAAACACAACAUUCAGCCGAUAUUUCCCUUUUUGUUGGUUCUCUUUUCCCUAAACGAUACCUCAUCUUUGUAAGACAUGUUUAGAUUAUAGGUGAGACUAAACGAUUUUCGUAUUUUCAUUUCACAGAACCCAGGUAGUCGGUUUUAUUUGUAAAAACCGGUGAUGCUGCUGCGCUCGAGUGUGGCGAUGAGUUUCAUCUCGGCUCUCGCAGCGGAUUCUGCUGGAAACCAAUACCGCUGUGUGUGUGUGUGUGUUGUGUGUGUGUGUGAGAAAAAUACGAAUGUGUGUUUUCGGUUUUCGUCCUCCGUUACCUCUCCCUCUCUGUUCCUCAGCCAUCUCUAACAUGUACUUUGGCAGCUGUCUGCUCUCAGCCUGCUUGCCUGUAAACUGGAAUGAAAGGUUGAGCCGUGAAGCCGCAGACCUGCUCGAACCUGAUCUCAAGUUUCUGGAAAAAACAAGACAAAAGAAACAAAAUAAGAAACAGAAAGGGAGCCUUCCUGAAGUGUGGUUUAAAAAAGAAACUGGUUGAAUCUUCGCCUGUGAAACAAUUCACUUUGUGCUCAUGCCUCCUUUUCGAACAGCUGAAUCAUCCUUGGCCACAUGUAGAGGUGGGAUUAAGAAGAGCCUGGAAACUGCUUUCCUCUUCACUCUUUUCUUUCUUCCCUCCUCCUCCUUAAUCUCUCCCGUGUUGCAUCCCUCUCCCAAAAUUGGCCUAACACACUUCAGUCAUUUCUGCAGAGCCCACGCAACAUCCACAGUUCUCUCCUCAUUGUUUUCCCCAGCUGCCUCUCUUUUUGGAUCAUUAUACAUGGAUCCCACUCUCUGCAUGGCCUGGAGGCGAGUGACACAUCCGUGCAGAAUACCGUGGGUACAGUAUCAAACAGCCUGUUUUCCACAGAAGGACAAACUGAGGCUAGUCAUGGGAGGGCCGGCGAUUUUUUUUAACUUUUGCUUUUAUUGACAAACGCGCCGCAGGCCCACAUCUGUGAGUGUGCACUCUGGAAGAAGUGAAGCUUUUGUUUUUGGCAGCAGAAUUAAAAGUGCCACCAAAAAAAAAAAUACAAAAAACUCGUCAUGAGACGAGAAAACGUGCGGUGAGAGGUCGAUGACGGAGGAUUCGAGCCGUCUGUGUUCGACGUGUUUUUGUUGACACGUAAUCGGUACUGUCUGUGUAUCCAAGGUUACUGAGCUGAAGUAGUGUGGAGGGGCGCGGGGAGGGCUCGGGGUGUAUUUUUGUAAAGAUAACGAAGAAGAGACAGCACUUUGUAGAAGGCUGAUUGGCGGGUAGUCCUACUGAGAGAGAAAGAUGAGGCAUAAAGCAUUGUUCAGAUGUUCUUCUUUUUAAUUUAUCUUUUUUAAAAUUUUGUUUGAAAAUAAGACACCUGUAGGGAUCAAGAAUAAAAAAGAACUAACUACACAGUGCCACUUGCUAAUUUUGUGUAAAUAGUACUAGAACAUGUAAAUAUAAUGUUGUAUAUGAAAAAAAACUUUAAAAUAAAAGGGAAAAUCAUUUGUGAGCAGAAA